AUGAAAAUCAUCAUACCUUGGCUGGCGGUGGUUGGGGGUCUGAAGGUGCGUGUGCAGGCUCCAUGGGAGAGUCCGAGCUUGGCUGGUCAAAUCUUCCAGGGAAUUCGUUUCUUAGAGGAAUCGGCAAACUGGGGGGACUCGCUGGUUGCUAAGUGGAUAGGCGGCGUAACUGCUCCGAGUUCAGAUGGACGGUCUCGGGCCCAAAGAGAAGAAGAUUUGGUUUGUGGCACUUUCAACAUACCAGAUCCCGAUGGGGGACUGCCGCUAGAGUCAGGGUGUCCACUCGGUACCGGUUCCUUUGUGCUGCAUUCCAAGCUCAUGGGCACCGUCCUGGACGGACUUGUGGCAAACGGAAUGUUUGUUCCACCGCUCCAACAACAGCAAGCAAUCAGCAAAGAGGAAUUUCAACUGUUAUUUCAACUUAACAAUAUUCAUGCCUCCAAGGAAGACCACAAUAUCAGGGAACACCACGGCUCUGAACCACUGGUGUACAGCUCCAAAAUACUGAAUCAUAGUUCCAAGAACGUGGAGCGGGAAGACAUGCCUCGACAUGGCUGGUACAGCGUUUACCGGAUUACCGAUGGUAGAGUCAUUGCAGGAGGGUGGACGGAAGAUCCUCAACAAUUCGCUUCCAGCUUAGUUCAUGUGGAACACGAACCAACAAGCUCGCGGUUGCUGCAAUUUCUUGAACCAGCUUCACUGUGGACCCAACGGCGUAACAAGGGAGUUACCGAGUUGCCCGACGGCGAGUACCACAUUUUCCAUUCAGACCUCAUGUUAGCAGAUGAACUCGUAUCACUUGCUCAGUUCGUAAAUAACGACCGUCACAACGCUUACCGUUACUACCACUACCCCACACUUGAGAACUUUGCAGUUCGCAACUGGGCGGCAAGCUUAGUACUAAAGAACCCUGAGUACAAAACAUCUAAUGAGGCUGAAACCUCCGAUAAGAUCCAUCUUAAAAACGUAGAUGACGAAGAAUUAAAUGAUCAUCAUGCACACAAGGACAUGCUCAGUGGAAAGACCAUAAGCAAUCUGCAUGAUCUCAUUUCUGAUAAAGCAAACUUGAGUUCGCUAGGUGUUGCUACUAUGACUUUUAUGAGGACGGAGGUGGAGAAAUAUUUAAGGCAUGAAAAGUCAGUAUGUGAUGAUUAUGUGGUGGAUGCUGAGACGGUGAAGAUGAGUUGUAUUAAGGGUAUUAGUAGUAACCUAUUAAGUCAUGCGCCUGAUGUGUUUGGUAAAUUUAAUAGCACUGUAGCCAAGUUAAUUAUGAAAGGAAGUCAUUCGUUAGAUCGUGUUGUUCAAACUCGAUUGAAUGGUGUGUUCGUGGAUGGUAAACGAGCGCAUAUAAUACCGAGCACACACCAAUCGCUUCGUUCUAUGACUACUGGAUUCAUUUCUGAUUUUCUUCUAAAAUGGUUGUGGCCAAUGGCUUUACAUGACGAGAUUAUUCGAUCGACUUUUGUAAAGCAUAUAAAGGAUUGCGAUAUUAUAGCACGUAAGAUUGGAUCUCCUGAGAGAUGGAAGGGAUCGGAAAAAAACGAGAAAGUAACAAGUAGUCUUAUUGGACUGGUCCGGCAAGCUUCCAGAAUUUUAGGAGACUUCAAUUUAGACGAGUCUCGAGCACGAUGGAAUCCAACAUUAUUUCUCGAACGUAUGGGCAUCGGAGAAACACAAUGGUUGCACACACAAAACGACGAGGUUCGUCAACUGGGAGUGGUGGAGUAUGCUAAGGCGCUUCAGUACGGUUUAAUGUCCGACAUAACCAUCAUUGAUUGGGGUAGCGUUGAACCCAAUUUCCACUUUGCUGACAUCAUCAUAUAUGUGGACCGAAAACGACUUGAACUUAUUCCCAGACUGAUUGGUGAGCUACAAGCUAAUGGUCUUCGAUGGUUAGUGGUACUAAAUGAUCCGGACCAGCCGGAGCUGACAAGUCGUCUUCUGAAAAGUCACGACGAUUAUGAAACGAUCAUCCAGGCAAUUAGGGAAUUGUCAUCAUCGAAGGAUGAAGGAGACAAUUCUCAGGGUGAUGACAAUUCACAGAAAGAUCCUCAGGACGGCGAUCUUACGAGUCGGGCGAAUUCUUUCACUCCCCCUAUCAAUACAAUCUGGGUUAACGGUCGUGGUAUUAAGAUUGAUGACACCGUAGAUAAUCCUUUCAUGGAUGAAAUGGCUAUAGAGCUUGUCAAGGCCAUGCUUGAGACCGAUGCCGUUUUGCUUCAGAAUGGACUUUUAGGUUUCUCUAAACCAAAUGGUGUAUUGACGCACAUCCGAAGUUUGAGAGAUUUAGCUGCUCUACUCGAAGGGAAAUGGUAUAGGAACGAGCUAGUUGACGGCGACACAUCUAAGCUAGAUACAGAGCUAAACCAUGAGAGCUUUAAUCUUGGCAACUUCUGGAUGGAGGCAUCUAAUAUGGUUAUGGUGGACGAGAAACUAGUUCAUUUAUACUCACCAUCGGAGAUUAAUAAAGUCCUCAAAGUUGAAGAAAAUGGCGAUUCAAUAUCUCCCAUUCGUACAUUAACAAAAACCAUGGGCACGUCAUUCCUGACUCACUCCGUAAAUAUUCUAGUGUAUGAGGGAUCAAGCUUAGCCAAACAAUCGAGAAUUGAAGCUCCUUUCGUAGUCUGGAUUGUCUUGAAUGCGGACGAUGAAUCGCGACCAAUACCAAACGUUUAUAAGCUUAGAGCAACAGAUCAAUUGGAUGAUCAAUUGGAUGAUCAGUUGGAUGAUCAAGAGUAUAUAAUAUCCCCUUUUCCGGUCAAUGUCAGAGUAAGUUUUGUGAAGGAUGGUAGGCUAUGCUAUCCGGCAACAUCAGGUUCGAUUGAUCUAGAAGACCUAAUUUGUUUGGGCAGUAUUAUCGAUGGUGAAUUAGACCAUAAAGUGGGUACAAUCAUCUUAGGAAAUAUGUAUAUGCAUUUGGAUGAGGCCGCCAUUGUUAUGAAUGACCGAUCGAAAAACGUUCGACAAAGAUCGCGCACAUUCUUGAGACAUGUUAAAUCGAGAAUUCAAGCCCUCGUUAAUGCCCAGAUUGGCAUAUAUCGAAGAAGUUUGACCACUAAUAAUAUUUCUAGAUUAUCAGAGACUGGUAGGCUGCCAUAUCUAUCACCUAUAACGUUUCAUACGAUGGUUCCUGACUUACAAGAGAAGAAUAUAAUUUUGGAAGCAGUGUCUCAUUUAUAUCACUCUUUAUUGAAUAAGAAUACUCAAGAUUAUAAUGAUUGGAUGGAGGACCAGCAAUUAGAGAAGGAGCUUUUUAGUAAGCCCAGUCUAAGAGGAUUAAGGAUGGCAUCCAUUAUUGAUGAUAAUGAUGAUGCGAGAAUAAAGUUAUUGAUUGAUCCAUUAUCAUCAAUGGGUCAAAUCUAUAGUAAUCUUGCGGAAUAUGUGAACGUAUACUUAGGAUUAAAUACUCAGGUAAUCCUUACUAGUCAUUGGUCGUAUAAAGAUUUGCCCAUCAAUAAAUGGUUUGAUUUUGUACAACAGCCUCCUUUAAUGUUCCAGUUACAAAAAAGCAGGAAGAUAUCGGGUCCAGAUAGUAAAUCUACCGGUAGUAAAUCUACCGGUAUUCUUAGAUCGAGCUUUAUCGGUGCGAAGUUCCUUAAUAAUCUAACGGACGAGAUUGUGACGUUCAAGAUCGAUAUAGCUCCUCAAUUACAUAUCAGAUCCGAUGAGAGUGAGGUGGAUAUGGAUAAUAUCAAAUUGGAUAUACUUAAGGAUGAUGUCAUUGUGAAUUAUAGAUUAGAUGGAUUCCGAAUAGAAGGAUCGAUACAUGAAGUUGGGGGUAGUGUUACAGGAGGUGUACCAAUAAGACUUGUUGAUAUAGAGACUAACCAUACUUUUGAUGAGACCAUAUCACUUAGCCAACCUAAUUAUUUCCAAUUAGUUGCGCCUGAUAUAGGUCAAUAUAAGAUCAUGAUCGACAAUACUACUAUAACUCAUGCAAAUUAUACAGAGGGACGAGGAGCACGAAAAUAUAAUUUUGAUGUGAAUCAAAUUAUGGGUAACCAUAAUAUGAGUGACCAUAAUAUGAUUACUAUCAACUCAUGGAAUUAUGAUUUAUGGCCAAGGGCUGAUUCCAUUAUUAAGAUUAUGUCAACCUUUACUGGUAGUGAAGUAUUGUUCGAUAAUAUACCGAUAAGAUAUCAACUCCCGAUCAUCGGUACAUUAUUGCAACGUGUUGAAGGUGUUUUUGCAGGAAGUCUUUUUGGACGUUGUACACAAUUAAUAUAUGCUAUCGGUGAGCAUAUCUUGGAGCCUUAUGAACCAUACGUUGCUCGAGUAUAUUCUUCUAUAUGGCGUUGGUAUUAUGGUCCAGAUGAUGAUGUGCAAAAAGGAGAUGAUCGAGUGCAUAUAUUCUCUUUAGCAUCUGGGCAUAUGUAUGAGAGGCUAUUAAGGAUAAUGAUGCUUAGUGUUAGUCAUAAUACUGAUAGGAAAUUAACAUUUUGGAUAUUGGAAGAUUUCUUAAGUUCAAAAUUUAAAGAGUAUGCUAAUAAGUUACAAUACAGUUUGAAUACGGAAAAAGAUCUUAUUGAAAUACGAUAUGUAUCAUUCGGAUGGCCUCAAUGGUUACGUAGCCAAGUGGAUAAGCAACGUCAAAUAUGGGCGAACAAAAUUCUAUUUUUGGAUUUAUUGUUUCCAAGGAAUCUUAAUAGUAUUAUAUACAUUGACGCAGACCAGGUGGUUAGAGGUGAUAUAGGAGACCUUUGGGACUUGGACAUGAAGGGACAUGUUUAUGGAUUUACACCAUUCUGUAAUGAUCGAGAUGAGACAUCUCAAUUCAGAUUCUGGGAACAUGGCUUUUGGUAUGAUUAUUUGAAAGGACGGCCAUAUCAUAUAAGCGCCCUUUUCAAAGUAGAUUUAAAACUGUUCAGAGAGCGAAGAGUAGGAGAUGUUCUUCGAACUAUGUAUAAUAAACUAAGUGCUGAUCCUAAUAGCCUUGCCAAUCUAGACCAAGAUCUACCCAAUGCUAUACAAGAUUUCGUACCCAUAUUCCCUCUACCUAAGGAAUGGCUAUGGUGCGAGACAUGGUGUAGUGAUAAAACAAAAUCCAAAGCUAAAACUAUUGACUUAUGCAACAACCCCAAGACCCAUGAACAUAAACUUAAACAGGCCACACGAAUCAUACCUGAAUGGACAGACUAUGACAAUCGACUGAAAAUACUUAUCGGGGAUGAAGGCAUACCCAACACUCAUCCUCAACAAAAUCUGAACACCAUUGCACACACUAUAAACACCAUUGCACACACUACGAACAACAAACACGUCCCGAAUAACCACGUCCCGAAUAACCACGCCACCAUAAAAGACGACGCUCCCGAUGAGCUAUGA